AUGACACUCACAGAGAAGAUCGCAAUUGUGAACACAGAGAUGUCAGGCACAUACACGACUGGCACCACCAAGAUAACCGAAACAGAAGAGACUCUCAUUAUGAUGGUGUUCACAGUGCAACCUCGAAGUCCACAGGGCAUCGUGCAAUGGAGUUACUACAUCCUCACCUUCCCUUUCAGAUUUUUAUAUUCUACCCUCCUAGACAUUUUUAGAUUUGCUUUUCAGUUUUUACGAGUGGAUCCACGAAGAAAUGUGACAGACCCUGUUGGAGAUGUUACUCAGUUUAUCAGCUUAUACAAUGAGAAAUAUGGUGCUAGACACCCAGUAUUCUAUCAAGGAUCUUAUAGUCAUUCUCACAUUUCUGUUCCCUUAUUUCAAGCAUUAAAUGAUGCCAAGCAAGAGCUGAAGUUUUUACUUGUUUACCUCCAUGGAAAGGACCACCAGGACUCGGAUGGUUUCUGCAGAAAUACACUGGGAAAUGAAGACUUAAUACGCUUUGUAGAUACCAGCAUGCUGUUCUGGGCAUGCGAUACAAACAGUCCAGAGGGCUAUAGAGUGAGUCAAGCAUUACGAGAGAACCGAUAUCCAUUUUUAGCAUUGAUAGUUCUACGUCAGAGCAGAAUGACAGUAGUUGCCAGAAUAGAGGGGUUAAUUGAACCUGGAGAUUUGAUAAACCGGUUAGAGGUUCUCAUGUCUGACAACAAGUCAUCGCUGGUAGCAGCCCGCGCGGACAGAGAGGAACGCAACUUCAAUCAGUCACUACGGCAACAGCAGGACGAAGCUUACCAGGAGUCACUAAGAGUCGACCAAGAGAAGGAGAGGAAGAAGAGGGAGGAGAAGGAACAGGAACUGAGGGAGCUGGAGAAGCAGAGACGAAUGAAAAAGGAACACCAGAACAUGUUACAGUACCUGUAUUACUUCACGUUCUGCCAUGAUGACUGUCCGGAUGACUUUCACAUAGUAACAAACUUCCCCAGGAAAACCUUGCCAUGUGAGCCAACUAGCGACAAUCCUGAACCAAUCAGUUUUGAGAAAUUCGGACUUAGAAAAAACGAAAUGCUUUUUGUACAGGAUAAUGAAGCUUAGGUGAUGUAAUCAUAAAUAAAUUAUUGACUAUUCAAAAGUGAGGUCAUUGAAAACGUAAGUUGUUAGAAACAGUGAACUUCCUUGAGAUGGCAUUUUGCAGAAAUUCAACUGAUAAGCAUUUGUCUAUCGUGAGUUUGCUUAAGGUUUUGAAGAAUUGGUGGAAAUGAUGUUCCUGCUUUAUGUCCCCUGUUUUGCUGAAUGGAUCUACUACAUUGAGAUUUCGUCUUUUAAUCCGGAGAAUUGUGUUCAGGCUGCAGCCAGUUUUAUGUAAGAAAUACAUUUUUUAUGUGUUAAUGAUAUCUAUUUGU